AUGACAGCUGAGACCGAAGAGCCCAAGUACCCCGAAGGAGGUCUGCAAGCAUGGCUCGUCGUCCUCGGAGCCUGGUGCGCCAUGAUCCCCUCGAUGGGCCUGCUUAACAGCUUGGGAACUCUGCAUGCAUGGACAAGCUCGUACCAGCUGACUGACUACACCGAGUCCAGCAUCGGAUGGAUCUAUGGAGCGUAUGCGUUCUUCCUCUAUAUUGCUGGCGCGCAGGUAGGACCGAUCUUCGACUGCUACGGGCCGUUGUACGUUGUCGUCCCGGGGUCCAUUGGCAUGGUCGCUUCUCUUAUCUGCUUCAGCUUCAGUACUGAGUACUACCAGAUCUUCCUCUCGUUCAGUGUCCUCGGCGGACUCUCAGCGUGCACCCUCUUCAAUCCAGCCAUUUCCGUCAUCGGGCACUGGUUCAACUGCCGUCGCGGCAUAGCAACAGGCAUUGCCUGUACAGCUGGUGGCUUAGGAGGCGUUGCAUUCCCACUGAUCAUCAUGUAUACUGCCCCGAAGAUCGGCUUCGGCUGGGCCAUCCGCAUCAUCGCCCUCUUGUCUGCACUCCUCCUCAUACUGGCAUGUUUCCUGAUGCGCACUCGCCUACCACGACCAGAAGGAAAGUCAGCUGCGAUCGACUUCAAAGCCCUACGAGAUGCCAAGUAUGCGACCACGACGCUCGCCGUGUUUCUGGUCGAAUUCGCCGUCUUCGUUCCGAUCACGUACAUCACCAGUUAUGCGCUUCAUGUUGGAAUCGAUACGACGCUCGCAUACGCCUUGAUCCCGCUUCUGAACGCAGGCGCUGUUCCAGGGCGUUUCCUGCCUGGUCUGGUCGCCGAUAAACUGGGUCGUUUCAACGUGAUGAUCGCUACCUCGCUCGUCUGCUCGCUCCUCACUCUCGCUCUCUGGAUCCCCAUCAACGCAAACAUAGCGGGAGUUAUCUGCUACGCCGUCCUAUUCGGCUUCACAAGCGGCGCAGCUAUCAGCCUCACCCCAGUAUGUAUAUCACAGGUCUGCCGGGUAGAAGAAUACGGAAAGCGCAACGGAACGACGUUCACCAUCGCGAGUAUCGGGACUCUAACUGGAAUUCCAAUUGCCGGCGCGAUCCUCCAGGCUAAAGACGGCCAGUAUGAUGCGCUGAUUGGGUUCGGCGGCGGGAUGUACUUCCUGGCAACGGUGGCAUUUGUUAUAGCGAGGGGCGUGUGCGCGGGGUGGAAGGUAACGACGCGGUUCUAG